UGCAGGGCGCCCACGGCAGUCAUGCCUGGGUAGUGACACGGCUGUUAUCCAAUGACCGAGUCUUCUGGAAUCUUUAGCACCGCCCCUUCCUGCUAUGAUCCAGUUUUUCGACUCGGUCUGUUCCAUAACAGUCGUGUCUGUAGCUUCUCCAAAGCCUCUGCAAAAACUUUGUUCUAAUUUCACCACCUGGAUUGAGAUCGCAAUAGCGGAGCUGCCUUUGAAACUGCCGGGUUUCCACCCACGCGCACGAGCUCGCCUAGCUUGCUCCGCCGCGUUGCUGCCCCAUUCGGCUUGGAAACGGGGGCUGGAGCGCUCAGCAGCAGCGCCUCUUCUAUCGGCCUGGAUCGGCGCGCCCUUUGAAAUUCCCGCCGAUUCGAACAGCUGAGAGGCGCGAGAAGGGAUUCCGCGCCGCUUUUUUUCGCCGCUUCGGAGCCGGCUAGCUUCUUAUCCCCGGGGCGAUCUACACCUCAGCGGACAGGCGCGGCUUGCUUUUUCGCGCCUUUUUGCCUCAACCAGGCAGCCACCUCGCCUUCCAACAGCGGCAUCCAGGUACUGACGGCCCUAUCUUCCGCCUGUGGUCCUGGUUAGCGCGAAGUUACAUUCCGCGCCUAAUAGUUCUCGCGCACAAGCCGUAAGGCUAGCGAGAAGAAGGGUUAUUCCCUUGGGGCUUAGAACUCAUUGGGCGCCAUUUUAAGAGAGAUUUGGGACGAGAUGGCUGACAGACCCAAAUCUAAGGGCAGAGGAAAACGCCGCCAGCAGGAGGACCCUGGGGAGGGUACCUCCACGGGCCACAGAAGCAAGAUCAGGGCCCCAGCCCCCCAAUCCUCGGCCCCCCAUAAAUCCUCUGCCAGCUCCAGAGACGAGGACAGGCGCCACAAGGCCAUGGAGAAGGCCUUCGAGAGGGCUCAUUCCAAGGCUGUUCAAGGCUCCUCUACAGCUCCUCCUUCUGAUCACCCUGAACAAUCUGGAAUUUCUAGGGCCUUGUCUCCUGACAGGUCUGUCCAAGGUGAUGUCAUAGAUACAGCUGAGGUGGCUUCGGUUUUUCCUUCUGACACUGGGCACAACCAAGACCAGGCCCACAACCAAGACCAGGCCCAGUGCUCCCCAGAUCCUGUUCAGGUCCCUCCUGCCUCACCUUCUCCUUCUACUGGACCUCAGGUUUCUCUUGGGCCUCACGAUUUGCCCCCUGAUAUGCGGUCAUCCCUGGCCGAUCUUAUCUCGGAAGCCAUUUGCCAGGGCAUUGCUCAAGGCCUCCAGCAACAUCCUGCUCUGGCUCAGGUUUCGGCGGCUCCUAAGAGAUCGGAUAGGGCCAUCUCUCGGUCUCCUGCCCCCCAUUCUAAUGAGGAAUCUGUCGCUGAGGUCUCUGAUCACGACUCCGCUAGUCAGGAUUCGGUGUCAGAAGAAGGGGAAUUGCCUGAGCAAGACCUGUCAGAAGACGAAGGGCUUGAGCCAGACCAGCCAGCCUUUGUGGGCCUCUUCAAGCCCCACAUGUUUCGAUCUUUACUGUACAAAGCCAAGAUCACCACCCGACUCGGCAUUGAGACUUCUUCUUCUUCCAACCCUCCUGGGCCAGCUGAUCCUACAUCUGUCCUUUUUCAGGAACCCAAGGUGCAAUCGGAUACUAUUCCGGCUCCCAAACUUUUUUCGGAAGUCUUAAAACGCCAGUGGUCUUCUCCCAGCACCGGUCCGAUUCCUAACAACUUGGACCGUAAGUUCUACAACAUGGCUUCAGAUUUUUCCGAUCUGCUACAAGUUCCAGUUGUCGAUACUCCAGUUGUGGCUUUAUCUUCUACCUCUCUCCCAACGGGACCUUCGGAGGAAUAUUUGCGGCCUGAAGAGAAGAAGGCUGAAAGAACCCUCAUCAAAGGCCACCAAGCAUCAGCUUGGUCCAUCCAAGCUUCCUCCGCUGCAUCGUUCUUUAACAGGGCCUCUAUCCUGUGGUUACGCCAGCUGCAAGACCGUCUUCCGGCUUCCGACCAUCGUGCCCAUCAAGAUAUAAAUAAAAUAAUUGCAGCAACCGAGUUCUCCGCAGAUGCUACGCUUAAUGCGGCCAGAUUCUCAGCCAAGGCCAUCGGCACUUCCAUCACGUCGAGACGCCUCCUAUGGCUCCGGAAUUGGCAGGCGGACGCCAGGAAUAAGUGGCGUCUCGCUUCGUCUCCUUAUGCAGCCGACAAGUUAUUCGGUUCCCCGCUGGAUCCACUGUUAAUCGAGACAAAGGACCACCGUAAGAUCCUUCCUUCUGCGUCUCGUCGUUCUGAGACCCGACCUCAGGGCUCCUUUCGUCGUUCUUCCUUUCGAGGCUCCGAUCCCAACUUCUUCCAGCACCGCUCUCACCGUUCCUUCUCCUCCAGACCUUCACAACCUUCCGGAGACCAGCAGGGAGCUGCAGUGGCUGCUUCUUCCUUACCAAAGGCGCUUCACCAACACCUCGGCCUCCAGAAUUGUCCUUCCUCCACCGGUUCUAGACUCUCUACGUUGGUGGAUGUCGUCGGCCAUUUCCCUGGGCUCUUCGUUCGGAGACCAGCACAGGAUUGUGGUCACUACAGAUGCCAGCCUCUCGGGCUGGGGGGCUCAUCUCGACUCGCACCUGGCUCAGGGUCUCUGGUCUCAAGCAGAACGAGCCAUGAAUAUCAACCUUCUAGAAUUGCGAGCUAUUCGUCUAGCCCUCCUCGAAUUCGAGCCUCAUGUCCUGGGUCGGGACGUCCUCAUCCUGACGGACAAUGUCUCGGCCAAGGCUCAUGUCAACCGACAAGGGGGGACUCGGUCUCGGUCCCUCAUGGCGGAAUCUCUUCGGCUGGGGCUCUGGGCGGAGACCCAUCUGUCGUCGCUUCGGGCCGAGCACAUAUCCGGAUCUGCCAACACUCAAGCGGACUCUCUCAGUCGCUCCCUCAUCGAUCCGGCCGAAUGGAGCCUGCAUCCCCUCUGGUUCGAAGAUCUGUGCACCCGGUUCGGCCUCCCGUCAAUGGACCUGUUUGCGGCCCCCGGCAACCAGCAGCUUCCCCGCUUCUUCUCUCGGUUUCCAUGUCAGGGAGCGGAGGCGGUGGAUGCACUCCGAAGUCCUUGGCCGCAGAAUCAACUGCUCUACGCUUUUCCUCCUCUACCCCUAAUUUCCAAGGUCGUGCGAAAGAUCGUAGCGGAGCGAGCGGAGAUUCUCCUUUUGGCCCCACACUGGCCUCGCCAACCGUGGUUUGCCGAUCUUCUGGGCCUGUCAGUAACUCCCCACUGGAGGAUUCCCGACGAUCGGAUAACGCUCCACCAACGCCCCCUGCUCCAUCCGGAUCCCCGGUCCUACCAACUGACCGCAUGGCGGCUGAGCGGCUCCUCUUAGCGAAGGCCCAGGUUCCCCCGGACGCUAUUCCCAUCAUCCAGGCCGCCCGCCGUCCAUCGACGCUCCGGAUCUACGGCUCCACCUGGCGCGUGUUUUCAUCCUGGUGUCACAAGAAAGGGAUCUCUCCUAUGGACGUGACUAUCCCUCAUCUGCUGGACUUCCUUCACCAGGGCUACAUUGCGGGUCUAGCUCCUAACACCCUACGGAGACAGGUGGCCGCCUUAUCAUCAAUUCUGUCAUGUUCGUCCUCCUCGCCCAUUUCUGCUGAUCCUCUCAUUCGAUCCUUUUUGAGAGGUGCUACCAAUCUCCGUCCUCCCACGGUUCACCGGUUCCCUUCUUGGGAUCUGAACAAAGUUCUUAGUGCCUUAACGGGUCCUCCGUUUGAACCCUUACGGGAAGUUGGUCUGAAGUUUUUGUCGUUCAAAGUUUCGUUCCUGGUUGCAGUAACCUCCGCUAGGCGGAUUUCUGAACUCGCUGCUCUGUCAGUCCGCUCUGACCUCUGCAUUUUCCAUACAGACAGGGUAGUUCUUCGCCUCGACCCUGCAUUUGUGCCAAAGAUCAACACCAUUUUUCACCGGUCGCAAGAGCUUACACUUCCUAACUUCUGCCCUUCCCCUCGCCGUCCCCAGGAGUUCCUAUGGCAUAAGCUGGAUGUCCGCAGGGCUCUCAAAAUCUAUGUGGCUCGUACGGCCACUUUCCGGAGGUCAGAGGCCCUCUUCCUCUCCUUUCAACCUGCAACUAUGGGUUCCCGUGUCUCCUCUGUUACCAUUGGACGGUGGAUCAGAGCUACCAUUGCGCUGGCCUACGAGGCACAGUCGCUGCCGGUACCUCCGAAUAUUACGGCUCACUCUACACGGAGCGCCUCCACCUCCGCUGCCUGGUCCACGCAGGCGCCUUUGGACGAGAUUUGCCGGGCCGCUACUUGGUCGUCUGUCUCUCCUUUCAUUCGGCACUACCGCCUGGAUGUCUACGCCUCGGCAGACGCAGCAUUCGGCAGGAGAGUUCUGCAGCAGGUCCGGCCUCUCCCUCCCUAGGAGACAUCAUGCUUUGGUAUGUCCCAGGCAUGACUGCCGUGGGCGCCCUG